AUGUUCGUAUCAGCCACAGUCCAUUUAAUUUUAUCCCCCUCAUUCGAUCACGCCCGCACCCGCUUCCAGGCCCAUACCCACGCCCAUACCCACGCCCAUUCCCAUAGCCCAUUCCGCUUCACGCCCCCAUCUCCACCCACGCCCCCGCCAUUCACGAUAUCCAAGGUCUACAACGCUUCCCUCAACUUCACCCGCAAAUACCUCGCCCACACGUCACUCCGGCCGAAGAACAUGACCCUCCAAGAACUUCAAGAACAUCUGAGAACGUUCUUCAAGCGCCUCGAUGUUCUGACUGUCGCCUCCGACCUCGUGGGGAAGAACGUGGGCGGCCUCACGACUGUCCAGCACGCCCAUGCUCUCUAUAAUCUUCUCGACUUGUUCAGCGCCCUCGCUCUGGUCAGGCAUGAGUACUUGGAGGAGGUGAUGACUCGCUUCGAGGUGGAGGCGCAGCGCUACCCAAGUGUCCCCGGGAGGAACAUGAACCCCCUGGGCUUCCUCAUCCUCGGGUUUCGACGUCACAGGGCCAAGCUCAGGAGGGAGAUGGGAGCGUUCUAUAGGGAGAUGCUGGUGCCAACCCCUGCCAACAUGUACUUCAUUGCCAACUUCCAACCGAAGGGGCAGCCGUCUCUGGAAGCUAUCAUGAAGGAUCUGGAGGUUGAAUCGCCGUUUGUGCAAAUGGACAGCAGCUGGUACAUUAUCCGCCCAGCCGAUGAGCCUGCACUCCAGCUGGCGGUUAGACAAGAAAACCAUCUUUGGGUUCUCUGCCUCACCAAUUCAAGUGAACCAGCUGGUGUCGCCGAGGAAGAGGCAACGAGAGAGCGAAUUAUCGAACCAUCUGCGCGGUUGUUGGGCGAUGCACCUGUUCACCUGUCUGCUAAACCACCUGGCCCCGGAGCGAGCGAACCACCUGGCAGCGAAUCCCCUAGAUCACCUGGAUAUUACGGAAAUGGUGAGCCCGUUAGAGGCGAACCAUCUGUCGGCGAGAUAAAGCGACCAUCUGUCAUCGUUAAAUCUUCAGCACCCUCCAGUUUCUCAUUUCAGCCGCUAAGUGGAAGGUUCGGCUCCACGCAUUACCGUCUUGUUAGUGCUGAUCUGCCGGACGGGAUCCAACUUAUCGUACCCAAUUCUCUCGGUGCGGCCAGGCGUACGAGGAAGCUAUUCUUCGAUUCGGGGCAAUUGAACCACAGAGGAUUGGGCUUUGACGUCAUAAAGAUGGCCGGGGAGGACCGAGACCGCUACGUCAUAGUCCACAAAGCGAAGGACUGCGUGCUGUUCCUGAGCCUCCGCGGAGAGCACUCAGGCCCAGGUAUGCCGGAGCUGGUCUUUAACCCGCAGUACCCAGGAAGCUCCGCCCACUGGCUCCUUCAGCCCUCGCCACGCCCACUGUGACGUAGUGAUGACGCAGUGAUAAUUAAGAGAAGGGAUGAGAAUAGAUUAGUUUUAAUUUCGUAUAUGAAUAUUUAUGAUUAGAAAUGCGAAAUAUAUGAUGAUGUGAAUUAUUUAUGUAGAUGAUUUGGGUAAAAAAGAUAAUAAUGAUUGUCCUGCUGAUAGUACUACCGCUACUGCUAGUAGUGAUGAUUGUAACUACGAUGAUAAUGGUAAAAGUAAUAAA